UGUGUGUGUGUGUGUGUGUGCGUGCAGGUGCCAGUGGGAACGGUCAAUGGCAUCAGACUUCUGGAGCUGGAGUCCAGAGGGUUGCAAGCUGCCAUGUGGGUGCUGGGAACCGAACCAUGUCGUCUAUAUGUGAUGGCACCGAAAAGAAAAGAGAAAUACAAACUUCCGGUUCCACUCCCAGAAGGCAAAAUUCUGGAUGACAUGGACGGAAACCAGUGGGCACUCGGCAAGAUGAUCGGCUCCGGAGGGUUUGGACUGAUAUACUUAGCUUUCCCCACAAAUAAACCAAACAAAGAUGCAAGACAUGUAAUAAAAGUGGAAUACCAAGAGAAUGGUCCAUUAUUUUCAGAACUUAAAUUUUAUCAGAGAGCUGCAAAAAGAGAAUAUAUUCAAAAGUGGACAGCACAGAGAAAACUUGAUUAUUUAGGAGUUCCUCUGUUUUAUGGAUUUGGUCUGACCGAUUUUAAAGGAAGAAGUUACAGAUUCAUGGUGAUGGAAAGACUGGGAAUAGAUUUACAAAAGCUCUCAGACAAGAAUGGUGUUUUUAAAAAGUCAACUGUGCUGCAGCUUGGAAUCAGGGUGCUGGACAUACUGGAGUAUAUACAUGAAAACGAAUAUGUCCAUGGUGAUAUAAAAGCUGCAAACCUACUGUUGGGUUACACAAAUCCAGAUCGGGUUUAUCUUGCAGACUAUGGACUGUCCUACAGAUACUGUCCCAACGGGAACCACAAACAGUACCAAGAAAAUCCCAGGAAGGGCCACAACGGAACAAUAGAGUUCACAAGUUUGGAUGCUCACAGAGGAGUAGCCCCUUCCAGAAGAAGCGACGUUGAGAUCCUUGGUUACUGUAUGCUGCACUGGCUAUGUGGGAAGCUGCCUUGGGACAAAAUCCUGGAUGACCCUGUGGCAGUCCAGACUGCUAAAACCAAUCUGCUGGAUGAACUCCCAGAGUCCGUGCUUACGUGGGCCCCUCCAGGAACCAGUUGCCGUGAACUCGCCCAGUUCUUGAUGUGUGUCCAUAACUUAGCUUAUGAUGAAAAACCAGACUAUCAGAAGCUCAAGAAAAUUUUGAAUCCAGAUGGAGUAUAUCUAGGGCCACUGGAGUUUUCCACUGAAGCAUAUACUGUCCAUGUGCAUCCUACAACCUGUCAAAAAGUGGAUUCACCAAAGGUUACCCCGAAAGCAGCCAAUGACUUGCCAGAGAAGUUUCCAAAGAAUGUUUUCCAUGGGGCAAGUGCACCACCGAGAAUGGAACAUGAAGAGCGUCAGCCCCGCACUGUGCUGAGCAGAGCAGCAGCCCGGGAAAACUCAAGGAGAAGAAAUAUAUAUGAGUAUUCAGAUCUUCGGAGUGAAAUUCACAGUUUCCAACAGACACCCAGCUACCUGGAUUUCCAACCUUCAUACUGGAAGCCCUAUCUGGAUUGCACCAGUAGAGAGUCCAUCAGGAAGCCACGGUCUCCUCAGUUCAGAUAUACCUGCCCCGCUGGUAGGGCAGUUUCCCAGCUGUCUCUCAGUGAGGAGACGAAGGCAGAAGUGUAUUACUAUGGACUCACUAUAGUCUGCCUGCUCAUAUUAGUUUGUCUUGCUUUGUAUUUUCUCUGAAGUCAUCAAAUAAAUUGGUUUGUUUUCUUUAUAAAACAA